AUGCUGGCGUCGGCCGGGCUCGUUCGCGGGCGAGUCGUGGUGUUCGGACUGGCGACCCUGGCCCUGGUCCUCUACCUCAUGCUGGCCAGCUCCUUUUCUUCCUCCUCUUCAACAAACCCCUCAUCUUCGCUCUCCCACGCCUUGGCCUCCGCCGCGCCGUGUGGACCUGCGACGGAGCAUUUGCUACAGAAAUUGGCCGACCUGGCUGAUAGCGUGGCCGCCCUCGAGAAGGACAUCCAUGACAAGAGCAAUGCCGACCAGCGUCUGCGCGAAGCCGUGGCCCAGCUGGUGCAGAAGGCCAACGAUCAAGAAGAGAAGAAGGAAAAGGAAAAGAAACCUUUGCCCACGACGGUGGUAGCCUUCAAGGGCGAGAAGGUGGGCGGUAAAAACGCGGAGGGCGAUGACGACGUGGCGAUGCCGCCAGAAUGCGAGGCCAUGUGGCUGUCGGACGUCGACAAGAAGACGUUCGUGCGCGGCCUCACCAGCCGGAAGGUCCAGCAGUACAUCGAGUGGGGCGGCGGUGGCUCCACCCUGUGCUCCUCCCGCCUUGUGCCCAAUGUAACUACGAUCGAGCACAACGAGGCGUGGUGCAAGAGCCUGCGCGAGCAGCUCCAAGCCAAGAAUGUCACCAACGUCAACCUCAUUUGCUCUCCUGUUGCCUGGCAAAGCUUUGGCAGCACGCCCGAGGGUGAUGGCACCUACGAGCAGUUCAGAGACUAUGUGGACACAAUCGACACACUCGGCAUUUCUCACUUCGACGCGGUGUUCAUCGACGGCAGGAAGGCCCUUGGCUACAUCUCCAGCGACUCUCUGGUGAUGGUCCAUGACUGGCAGCGGGCUCACUACUCGGCGAUUACAGAGUGGUAUGACGUCGUCAACAAGCCCUACUAUGAGCAGCGAGAUGUACUCGCGCUGCUGAGGAAGAAGCUCUGA